AUGUAUACCAACCAGAAUACUAGUGCAUUCCCAAAUGUUAACAACACUUGGAAUGUUGAAAAGAUGGAAACAAAUGAACAUGACCAUAUUAUUCACCAAAUCCCUAAUAUUGGUUCUGGAAUUUGGCCCAACAGCUACCACCACCUCCUUCAAAUGCAUCAAAUACCAUCCUCAUCCACCACAUCAUCAACCACCAUGGCACCUUCCUCAUCAGGUUUUCUCAGUGACAUACUAGGUGUUCACAUAGAAGAAGAUGAGGAACCAGAAGAAGAGUUAGGAGCCAUGAAGGAGAUGAUGUACAAGAUCGCUGCUAUGCAACCAGUGGAUAUUGACCCUGCCACCAUCAGAAAGCCAAAGAGGCGAAACGUUCGCAUCAGUGACGACCCACAAAGUGUUGCAGCACGCCAUAGAAGAGAGAGGAUCAGUGAGAAAAUACGCAUCCUUCAAAGACUUGUCCCUGGUGGAACCAAAAUGGACACAGCUUCCAUGCUAGAUGAAGCCAUUCGCUAUGUCAAGUUCUUGAAGAGGCAAAUCAGGUUGCUUCAAUCCACUCCUCAAACUCAACACCAACACCAACACCUUCCACAACCACCACAAUGCAUUGCUGCUGCUGCUACUACUACUCCUAGCACAUUACUUUUAGCCCCGGGUUGUGAUUGGCCUUUUGCACCAAAUAUAUUACUAAGUUCUGCAACAACCGCCGCCGCUGCCACCACCGCCUCCUCCUCCAUGGACAUGCCGGCCGAAUUGGGAUUCGACGCCGGAGUCCAUGGCCAUGCUUGUGAUGGCUCCUCCAGCUUUAAUCGUCAUGAGGUAAUAAGUGAAUAA